AUGGCGAGCAUGGACUACUACCGCAAGUCGACGCUGGGCAAGUGCCUGACGGACGCGCUCGACGAGCUCGUGUCCAACGGUACCAUCACGCCCGACCUCGCCGUCCGCGUUAUACUGCAGUUCGAUAAGUCGCUUGUGGAGGCUCUCGAAACCAAAGUCAAGUCCAAAACCAACUUCAAGGGCCACCUGCACACGUACCGGUUCUGUGAGAGCCUGUGGACGUUCAUUCUGACGGACGCGGUGUUUCAGACAGACGGUGAGGUGCAGAUGGUGGACCGCGUCAAGAUCGUGGCCGCUGACUCCAAGCUCAUCGCCAGAUAG